CACACACACACACACAAACAGAAGCAUUUGGUUUCCCUGGCAGCAGGAGGAGGAGGAGCUUUGGCUGAUGGUUUACUUCAUGUGCCACAUAGCCGCACAACACAGGGCCAUCUACAUUAACGAUUGUAGCAGUUCAAACAGCAAACAACGAUGCUGCAGACAGCUGAUUGGAGAUACAAACAUUGCCGUCAGCGAAAUGGAUAUCGUCACUGCCCUUUGGCCAUGGCUAAAGACCCAUUAGCCGAAGCAGGCUUUUAUUUUGAUGAGCUCAACAAACUGCGGGUACUGGACCCUGACGUCAGCCAGAAGACCUCAGAGCUCAAGGAAGAGUGUAAAGAAUUUGUGGACAAAAUUGGCCAGUUUCAGAAGAUAGUAGGAGGUCUAAUUGAGCUGGUGGAUGAAUUGGCAAAAGAAGCAGAGACAGAAAAGAUGAAGGCGAUUGGAGCGAGAAACCUGCUGAAGUCGGUGGCAAAGCAAAGAGAGGCUCAGCAGCAGCAGCUUCAGGCCCUCAUAGCUGAGAAGAAGAUGCAGCUUGAGAGAUAUCGUAUUGAGUAUGAAGCCUUGUCCAAAGUGGAGUCGGAGCAGAACGAGUUCAUCAACCAGUUCAUUCUGCAGAAGUGAGGGGGGGUAACUAAGUCAGCAGAAGAUGUCUGACGUCUGCGAACAUGUUUCCAGAGUGCCUGUCCCGUUUUCUCUCGGCAGCGCCCGUUUCAGGGAAUAGCUCCGCUGCAACUCCUUUUCUGAAGCGAUGCGAAAGCUCCGACACCAUCCUAAAACGUAUACACCUCCUCUUUACAGCUUCCUGAAGCAACGGCCAGCUGCGCACAGUAGUUGAUCCCACCCCAGUCAGCAGGUGUGACCAUUUACACUGUUGUAAGCUUGGAUAUAUUUGGAACAUGAGGUGCUGUUCACACCAAAUAUCUCAACAUCUCAGACCAACAUUAAAGAAGAUGGAGCUAUUUAUACAAAGGAAUAUUAUUUAUACUAUUUAUACUUCAGAUUUAAUCUGUAUAUCUAGUUUUACUACUUUUUGUAUCAAUUGAAAUACUGCAUGUGCAUGCAUCUGUAAAUACAUUAGUUUUACGAAAAAAAAAGUGGACAUCCUGAUUUGAUCAUCUGUGUUAUUAUUUUGCUUUUAUUCCAUUCAUCUGGUACAACCAAUCUGUGUUUGAAGCACAUGAGGAAUACAUUCUCAUCUCUUUCAAAUACAGUUUGUUUUUUUGGAUGUUUUGUGUAUAAUUUUCCUUCAUGUAUUCAUUUAGCAGACAAAGGGUUAUACUUGAAUAAAUACUUUAUUAUAAUGCAAA